AUUGCUUCCAAUGCUCAAAGACGAAGCCAAGCGCAUUACCAUCCACAGCUUGCUAUCUUGAGGGGUGUUAUCGGAGUUGUGGCACAUAUAUAGUGACCAACUAAAGACCUGAUCUGAGAGAGAAUGACUCUAGGGAUGACCCGCUCCCUGACCUGCAGAUUGACCCACGCCUUCCUGGUCCUGCGAGGUGGGCGUGCGGGCGUGAGCAGGCAUCUCCAUUAUGAGCAGGGCCAGAGCCCCCAUCCUGGUAUCAGGGAAUACUUCUACUAUAUUGACCACCAAGGCAUGCUGUUUUUGGAUGACGCGAGGAUGAAGAAUUUCACCUCCUGUUUUAAAGAAAAGAAAUUCCUUCAGUUCUUCUUCAGCCGCAUUAAGUUCAAUGAGACUGGCUGCUACCCUGACUUCCCUUUUCUGUCUCUGUGCGGCCGUGAGAGGAACUACAUCCGCUGCGACGACCUGCCCCUUGUGUUCACCCACCUAAUCACCAAGGAGACAGCAGAGGGUCCUCAAGAGCACCUGGCUUAUGGAAACGCAGGGGAAACCAUGUCCUUAGCUUUUCAGCCGUCAGAGAUAUGCAUGCAGGUGGAGACAGGCCGAGUGUAUCAUCCAGCAUUGGAGCGAGUUGGGGGUGUGGGGCUGGUCAGGUCAAAACUAGCCAUUCAGCUCUCCACUCACUUCAUCUUUGGCAAGGGUGACGAGCAGCCGCCAACACACAUACAGUGGGCUGGGAAGGAGGUGAAGCUGAGCCAGAGUCUUGUGCCAAUCUUGCAAGGUCUUGAGCAUGUCAGGAGGUAUAGCUUGGGGCUGGAGGAAGACUUGGCUGGCUGAGGUGCUGCUGUGCGUAUGUGUGUGUGUGUGUGUGUGUGUGUGUGUGUGUGUGUGUGAUUAUGUAUAUGUGUAUGUGCAAUAAUACUUGCAUACAUAAUUCAUCUGGAUAAUGUAUAUAUAAAGACUCCUUUGUAUAAUAUUGUACAUUCAUAUUUAUUAUCAUCAUCUCUGCCUGUGUGACAUAAAUAGUAUGAUAAAUAUAUGGAUAUAUCAUGUAACAUAUAUAGUAUAAAUAUAUUUCUAUGACAUGAA